AUGACCACCGUAAAAACUGUAUCGCUGGCUACAGAGCUGAUGACUAAGCAGGUAAGGGGCUACGGGAUCCUGGGGCUUCUGACUGUUCUGAAGAAGGUGAAGCAGAAAGAGCAAGAGCUGCGGCUGCUCAUGCCUAGAAAACCCAACCAUCCUCAGGGGUUCAGUACAGAAGCUGUGGACACCAUCUCCCCAACACUGGGCUUCAACAUCAAGACCCUGGAGCACCAGGGGUUCAAGCUGAACAUCUGGGAUGUGGGUGGCCGGAAAUCUCUGCGCUCCUAUUGGUGGAACUACUUUGAGACCAUGGAUGGGCCCAUCCGGGUGGUGGACAGUGCUGACCGCCAGCGCGGGCAGGACUGCCAGCACGAGCCGCAGAGGCUGCUGGUGGAGGAGGAGCUGCCUCAGGGCCAGGACAAGGGCAGAGCUCAGGGAGGCCAUGAAGCCUGCACAGGGAUCUAG